GUAUUUUGAUUGCGUCUUUGUUUUGAUUAAAUCAGUUAAGGAAGCGGCCAAAGUUAUUUCUUCUCCAACUCCCACCAUCUGCCAUCCGCCGGAAGAUAAUCGUCGCCGCCGAUCCCUUGAGCUAGCAGCAGCUGAGUAAUUCAUUUUUUUUGGCGAGUUUAGCAGCAUCUUAGUAAUAUAUUACCAAUAUCCAUAUACAUAGUCGGCAUCAUGAGAAAUGGAAUUCAUAGUCAAAGAGUUGGUGAAUGUUCUAGCUCAACUUCCUGGAGCAGUCAACAGGAUACUGAGGAUGACCGGAUGAUUGCCACUGUAUUGUCAGAAGAGUAUGCCAAGUUAGAUGGUGCAGUUGCUAGACGCCUUUCUAACCUUGCACCUAUUCCUCAUGUCCCACGCAUAAAUUCCUAUAUCCCCAACUUAAGUGAUGCAAGUUUGGAUCACCAGCGCCUUCUCCAAAGGCUAAAUGCUUAUGGUUUGUACGAAGUGAAGGUCUCAGGUGAUGGAAAUUGCCAGUUCCGUGCACUAUCAGACCAGAUGUUCAAGUCUCCAGAGUAUCACAAACAUGUACGGAAAGAGAUUGUCAAACAGCUCAAAGACCACCGUUCCUUGUAUGAAGGAUAUGUCCCUAUGAAGUACAAGCGAUAUUACAAGAAAAUGGCCAAAUCUGGUGAGUGGGGGGACCAUGUUACCUUACAAGCAGCCGCUGACAAGUUUGCAGCAAAGAUAUGCCUUUUGACAUCAUUCAGGGAUACUUGUUUUAUUGAAAUUAUGCCACAGUACCAGGCUCCUAAACGUGAGUUUUGGUUGAGUUUUUGGUCUGAGGUACACUAUAACUCGCUAUACGAAAUGCAAUCUGCCCCUAUUCAGAAGCCAAAGAAGAAGCAUUGGUUAUUUUAGGAGGAGCGGCAAAUUUGAUGAGAGGCAUUAGCUUGUCACAGAACUCAUAAUAAUGAAAAUUUAGGAGUUAGUACCGUGUACGUUAUUCUUACAUUUUUCAUAGAUUGCGUUACAGUCUGUCGUUUAUAUUUGGUGCUUACUUAGACACACGUUAAUUGUUUAUUCUUUUGUAAGUUGGAUUUUGUUUUUUCAAUUUAGCGCAACUGAUAACUCCUAU